AUGUCACCACUUCAGGAGGUGACACCGGUACAACGUCAGGCGGUGGGGACGUCCCGCCAUCAGGAGUCCUCGCAUCACCUGAGGGAAACUUCAUUACAAUUCUUAAACACAGACAGCGGAGAUUUCACCCACCAGGCCGCUCUAGACGAGUACGACCGCUACACCCUGCUGUGGAAGUUCGACAGUGAGACCAUCACGUUCGAGGCGCAGGUGCAGACCACGGGGUACAUCGGACUCGGCUUCUCACCCAAUGGGGGCAUGACCGGAUCUGACGUCAUCAUCGGAUGGGUGAAAGACGGCCAGGCAUACCUGACGGACCGUUACGCGGAGGGAUACUUCCAGCCGCGGCUGGACGCCAGCCAGGACGUGGAGCUGCUGUCUGGAUACGAGAACGGCACGCACACCGUCCUCAGGUUCCGCAGGAGGCUCCGGCCGUGCGACACCACAGAGGACAGGGAGAUCACGGAGGACACUCUGAGAAUCAUCUGGUCCUUCAACGAUGUUGACCCCGUUGCUCUGGACGGGCCUGACGGACCGCAGUACCACGGCAGUAACCGCGGGAGUAAGAGCGUCAUACUGCUGCAGAAGUCCCCGCCAAACCUCGAUCUACAGGACGGAAAUGUCAUCACCUUUGACAUGACGAACCAAAAUCUGAGAGUUCCAACCAGGGAGACAACGUACUGGUGUACAUCCUUCCAGCUGCCGGUACUGGACAAAAAGCAUCAUCUAGUCAAGGUUGAACCACUGGUCCAGCCCGGUAACGAGGGCGUGGUGCACCACAUCCUGAUCUACCAGUGCUCCCCGGGCUCCACCCCGCCCACCGGCAGCCAGGAGUGCGCCAGCAUGCCAUGGGGGAACUGCAAAGCCAUCAUGGCGGCCUGGGCUGUUGGAGGAACGGGCUACACAUAUCCUGAACAUGUCGGAUUAUCCAUGGGGACAGCCGAUGAUCCGAGCUACGUCGUCAUGCAGACGCACUACGACAAUCCCCAACGUCUGAACAAUGUUUACGACAAUUCCGGAAUAAGGUUCUACUACACGCCCGAUGUGCGGCAGUACGACGCUGGGAUUUUGGAGGUUGGGAUCCAGGUGAACCAAGACCACGCCAUCCCGCCCCAGGCAGACACAUACGACAGCGCCGCCUACUGUUACAAGGAGUGCCUUGACCCGUACCUACAACAGCUGGGAGAGCCCAUCAACGUGUUCGCCUCCAUGCUGCACGCUCACAAUGUGGGAGUCGGGGUGCGGACCAAGUUGGUGAGGAACGGAGUUGUGGAGAGUUACCUCGGCCGUGACGACAACUACGACUUCGAUCUUCAGGAAACCCGCUUUCUGUACCCGGAGGUCGCCAUCAAGGAGGGAGACGAACUUAUCACAGAAUGCAGCUAUCGCACAACCAACCUGAACACGUUUACUUUCGGAGGACAGGCCUCAUCGGAGGAGAUGUGUCAGAACUACCUGCAGUACUACCCACGGUUCAAACUGGAGCACUGCGACAGCCUGCCCUACAUCCUGCAUGGUGUGGAAUUCUUCGGCAUUACCCAGCUCGAUAACCGAAAUCCCCCUCACGUGGUCAAACCAGACAGCAUGGCCGGUAUGAACAUCGGUGCCGUCCUGAACCAGCACCCUUGGAGCGUGGAGGAAGCAGAGAGGUUCGAGCAGCACGUGCGCAGUGGGCCCAACGUGGUGAGGUGUAAGGGGAGUACUGGAUUCAACAAUCUGGCUGGCAUCAAUGGACAGAUCUGGGACCCUCUCCCCGAGCCGACUGUCGUGGUGUCCAACUCCACCGUGUCAGGAUGCUGAGGACACGGCGUCAGCAAAGUCACGCACAGGCACGCUGAAGCUAUGCACGAAUAAAGUACUUACAAUUUGAGGACAUCCAA